AAAUAGCUAGAUAGCAAUAUAGUAUUUGAGUGUAAAAAGUUAGUAACUCUGCAGACUGCAUGUCAAAGCAAACGUUUCUAUUCAUAUUAAAAUAAUUUUGUGAUGCGAAAUGGAAGCACCUCUAAUGUUUGAAGUGUUAAUGUACCUUAAUUCCUAUUACUUUGGCAUGUUUUCUAUGUUUGAGUUCUCACUUAUAUGUGCCAAAUCAAUUGAUGAUGCUCAAAAAAAGACAGUUUCUCUAAAUGAACUCGGGACUAAUAUGACAGUAUUCGUGUUUCUCUGUCUUAUUGAGGUGUUUCGCACGUUUUUAUCACGCCGGGACAAUGCAGCCGACAAAGCAAUAUGUGUCGUCCUUUCACUCAUUCUCACUAUACCAUCAGCAAUAGGAGUACUAUAUUUUUUGUUGUGGCAACAAAGGACUUUCCGGCUGGAAAAUAUUCUAGGAUGCAUACAACUUAUGCUUCAAGCAACUCAAGUUUUCUUUGGCAUAGUAUCAUUACUGACAUUCAAAAGCAGUGAUUCAACAACAUGAAAUUGUAAUUUAAAAACAAUUAUUUGUUAUUUUUUAUUUGUACAUAAACACAAGAUAUUUUUUUUAAAAAAUCAUAAA